AUGCCCUUCACGACGUCCGUCGUCUCGUCGUCAGUCAACAAUACGCCGGGCCAAGGAAUCCGACAGUCCGCCCGUCAGACACGUACAAACCCGUCUCGAAUCUCCAAAACCACCGGACGGUCAUCCUUCGCGUUCGGCGGAAGCUCGACAGCUGAAAUUCCUUCCACGCCCCCUGUUCCCCACGGCUUCUAUCCUGCGCUCACGCAUUUCACCGAUGCGAUAACAGCGCUUCCGCGCGAGUUCCGUCGCCACAACUCUCUUCUCAAGGAAGUUGAUGCGAAGGCGUGGGCUCUCGAGGAAAAUCUACUGCAAUUACUCAAGUUCUCCUCCCAGUCGCAGCCCGUUCCUCAUCCCCCACACCCGGCGCCUAUCGUUGGGGGUGUGAUUCGGGAGGAUGUUUUGCCCAAGGAACUAUCCCAAUCACCGGAAACAUCCGAGAGCAAAAGCCGUCGGCUUCUCUUCGAUCGUGUACGCCAAAGCCUCUCCGACCUGAUGAUGACCGCCGAUGAGAAGAAUCACGUCAUUUCGAACGCGAACGAGGAAUUGGAUCGCCAGGUUGUCCGACUGGAUACGGUGUUCCCAUACAUUGCAGGCGAGAUCAGCGAGGAGGCUCGCUUGGGCAGCUUGACACACUGGGCGUACUCCAACAAGAGUACCGCGAAGGCAGCGACUAAUGAACGUCCGCGCCGGGAAGCGGUAGCGCAAAGACAGGAUCUGUCGCACGUGCUCCAAGAGGCUGAAGCUGCUAGUCGCAGUGAGGCGCGGCGCGAUGCUGUUCUGGCUCGGAAACAACGUCGGGCACAGGCCGACGCAGACUAUGAGGAUACGCGCAGCUCGGGCACCCGCAAGAACAACAAUGCGAAAUCUCGGGGUGGAGAUCACGCGGCUGACGCCACCGCUGCACCCAAACGUCGGAAGGUGGAGCGCUCACUGCCAGUUGACACUAGUGCUCCGAUGGAGCGCUCUGCUAGCGGUGCUGGGAGCCAGAGAGCCGCGAAUAAAGAACCAGUAGAGAAGAAGCGGACUCGCGCUCCUAAUUCGGCCGCUGCUGCCCGGAAGAAGGCCAACGCUUCUAGUGCUGCAUCUCCUGUUCUGGCCCCAUCGCCUUUGAUUGGAACAUUCAAUGGCCCACGGGCUGCCGCUAGUCCAGGACCCAACACAACAAGGCCACAGUCUUCACGAGCCCAGAAUUCUGGACCAGGCAAUUCGCGUGCGCGGCCAUCGUCAUCGGCUUCAAACCUUCCUAACAACAACAAAGUUGCCGAUUCCAGAUCUACACCCCGGGACGGACCCGUUAAAAAUGAACUUGUCCACCCAGACCCACACCGUGACUACGACGGUGAUGCCAACGGUAGAACAUCCGUUCCAGCAGGAACCAAGCGCGAUGAUCUGGAUGGAAAAUCCGGUUCUGCCGAGGUCGAGACGACCAAGGGACGCAAUUCCAAGACAUCAACGCCUGUCCUCACCGCAUUUACAGAGCCCAGCCAACAACACGCACGACCCACGCGAAGUCGAGACCCAGCGUCUACCAAACGAACCCAGAAAAAGCCCAUCCCACAGCCUGCAAUACCCUCCGACGACGAGUCGCUCCACGAGGGCGACGAUGAAGACGAAGAGGGCGAGCCGCGCUACUGUUACUGUAACGAAAUCAGUUUCGGCGAGAUGGUUGCUUGCGACAAUGACGCGUGUCCGCGUGAAUGGUUCCAUUUGUCGUGUGUGGGCUUGACGAAACCGCCUGGGAAGAAUGUAAAAUGGUAUUGUAACGAGUGCAAGGAAAAUAUGAGACGGAGUCGCAAUGGACGGUAA